AUGGACGACGUCGCGGCCAGCGAGCGCCUCCGGCUCCGCAACCGGCAAAAGCAGAAGCGCCACCGCGACCGCCACAACGCCGAGCGUGACGCACUCCUCACUGAGGCGACCUCGACGCUCGUGCCCUGGACAGCGAUAGCUGCCGCACUUGCCGAAGAGGCCUUGGAAGCCGAGGCAACGCGAGCCGCUCUAAACACGCAUCGGGAGCGACUGGAGAAGCUGAGCCGGUCGCUCGCGUCCAUGGUCUCGACCGUUGCCCGCGGCGUGCCGAUGCACGCUGAGCCAUGGAGCUCGAUCGCGCUCGUCGCCGAGCCCAGCGCGCGGCAGCUGGGCCUCGACUGGUUCACGCGCCACUUGCACGCCAACACGGAGCGCAUGCUGCAGCUCAGCGCCUUUCCGUGCGAUGGUGCGGUGAAAGACACGAUCGUGCGCGACUGUGGCAACGGCAUCGCCGACCUCCUCGGGCGUAUCCAGAUCGAGUAUGGUCUCUCGCUCGAGAGAGCGCACGCCGCGCUCCGUGGUCGCAUUUGGGCGGAGCUCGCCGGCGUCAACAGCGCGUGCGCAGUGGAGCCACUCGACACGGACCUCAUUGCACGCAUCGACCACCCGUCGUGCAUGUCGUACCUGCGUUCGGCCAUCUCGGCGGACGAGUCCAACUUUUUUGUCGCGCGGGAGGUCGCCACGCGUGACCGCAUCGUCUUUGCCCAAGGCAACUUUACGCAAGACGCCUUGCAGCCGGCGAAUUUGCAAUGGCGCCCGCGCAUGUACUGGUACAUCCUGGACCGCAUCGGGCCGCACCGCACGCGCCUUCGGGCCAUGUUGUACAAUGGCCCCAAAAUACAAGCCGGCACGCUCGUGCCGUGGCAGCGGGACACGGGCUUGAUGAACCUCGCGGCCGCCCCGGACACUGAUACCUUGGACUUUGACACGUUCCGCCGCCUCGUACGCCGCCACGUGCAGCCAAUCAUGGACGUCGACUACGCGGCGCUGCUGUUGCCCGAGGCAAGCCCCGACUCGAUAGCGAAUGAACGGUUGGACCUUGCGUAA